AUGAAGUUGCUCUAUCUUUUCUUUUUUCUGUCAGCAGCUGCAAUAUACAUUGUUGCAGCUUUGGAUUUAGAUGAUUAUAACGACGACAUGGCCUCCAUGCAAAGGCAAGUCACUCCUUUACGAGGGGUGAGCCGCUUUCUUGCACUGCAGAACCUGGCAGCCAACAUGAGUUGCAAUAAGUUUCCCCAGAUUUGUCGCCGGAAGAGCAGCCCCGGGCCAGACUGCUGCAGAAAGAAAUGUGUCAAUGUGAAGGCUGAUCGCUUGAACUGUGGUAUGUGUGGAUACAAGUGCAAGUACACUGAAGUUUGUUGCAAUGGAAAAUGUGUUAACUCUUCGUUUGACAGAGGCCAUUGUGGUGGGUGCAAGAAAAGGUGCAAGAAGGGGGAGUUUUGUGUUUCUGGGAUGUGCAAUUAUGCAUGA